GGGGCGGGGAGCGCGCCAGCCGUGGAGAGUUGGGGGGCGAUGGCGAAGCUCAGGGUGGCUUACGAGUACACGGAAGCCGAAGACAAGAGCAUCCGGCUCGGCUUGUUCCUCAUCAUCUCCGGCGUCGUGUCGCUCUUCAUCUUCGGCUUCUGCUGGCUCAGUCCCGCGCUGCAGGAUCUGCAAGCCACGGCGGCCAACUGCACGGUGCUGUCGGUGCAGCAGCUCGGCGAGGUGUUCGAAUGCACCUUCACCUGUGGCACCGACUGCAGGGGCACCUCGCAGUACCCCUGUGUCCAGGUAUACGUGAACAACUCCGAGUCCAACUCCCGGGCGCUGCUGCACAGCGACCAGCACCAGCUCCUGACCAACCCCAAGUGCUCCUAUAUCCCGCCCUGUAAGAGAGAAAACCAGAAGAACUUGGAAAGUGUCAUGAACUGGCAACAGUAUUGGAAAGAUGAGAUCGGUUCCCAGCCAUUUACUUGCUAUUUUAAUCAACAUCAAAGACCAGAGGACGUUCUCCUGCACCGCACGCAUGAUGAGAUUGUCCUCCUGCACUGCUUCCUCUGGCCAGUGGUGACAUUUGUGGUGGGUGUUCUCAUUGUGGUCCUGACCAUCUGUGCCAAGAGCCUGGCGGUCAAGGCAGAAGCCAUGAAGAAGCGCAAGAUCUCCUAACAGGGAGGAAGAUUGCGGGAAGCCAGGCAGAGAGGCUGCCGUGUUGGCACGCGCCUACCCUGCAGAGCCCACACUUGGUGGUGCAGGAGAUGGAAGGGGCCACAACAGGCCUCCAAGAGGCCCCUUCCUCAACGGCGACAGAAACAGGCCCAGAUGGAAACCUCGGAACUCAUCGCCUGUAUUCCAUGUGCUGUAGCAAUGGCUAAAGGGCCAAGCUCUUAGCUAUGUGGAGUGACCAACUGUGUGGAAAACCCUCUGAGAAGCUGGUUUUCUUUGGAAAGUAACAGUGUAUUAUUUGUAUAGUGUAGUAUACAAACCAUUAUGAUUUAUGCUACUUACAAAUAUUAAAAAUACAGUGCUCUGUGUUCUUUUUCUAUUUUCUUUUUUAUGCUUAUAUCAUCAGUGUAUUUAAAAAAAAGGGGGGUCUAAUAGUUUUCACUUAGUUCUUUUAGACUGAACUUUUACUUGAUUGUGAGCAUACGAAUCUUCAGAGCCGCUGACCUUACUGCGUAACUGCCGGUCUCCACGAGUAAACAGUAUCUUGACUCCUACUUGAAAAAGGAAUUCUGCAGUGGUAACCCAGUCUCCAGCUACUCCCGUCGCUUUCCUUAGAAGACUGAGAAAAGAUCAUUAUUUCUGGCCAGAUGACUUUGUGAGAGAGGGACAGGAUUCUGGAGGAGGCCUGUCCUUGCUCUGGGGAGACUGAAUUUUUAUUUCUCUGUUCAUGCUAUUUAUUCAUUUAUUUGAAACGCUAGGUAUCAAGAGUGUAGCACAUGCCAGACAAGUUCAGGACUAUUGAGCCGAAUUCCCAGCCUCAUUGUUCAUGGGUUUUGUUUGUGUUGUUUUUGGCAGGUUUUUUUUCUCUGUGCAGUACAAUAGACAUGACGUAAAGAACACUCUUCCGUUUGUAGUUAAAUGCUGUUUUUUUUCCUCUAACAGGGUCAGCACAAGUGUUUUAUUUUCCUUGCCUCUGUCCUUGCGUUCAUGUUCUCCUGUAAAAGCAGGGUGACUGCUGAGGUUGUUCAGUUUGCUCAGACAGGACUGGGGGUGCAGCCUGGCCCACCCCACUGCUGCUGGGCUUUCUGUGCCUUCAAAAGUGCAGCAAAGCCAGGUGUGUUGGCACACAUGGAUCUCUCUAUGUUCAAGGCCAGCCUUGUCUACAUAGUGAAUUCUAGAACAGCCAGAGCUACAUGGUGACAUCCUGUGUCGUUAAAAAAAAUAAUAAUAAAAAUAAAAAGUACACCAGAAACCAUCAUCUUUCCAUCUGUUUACAGACUCGAAUUUCAGAUACCAACCAUGAGUCCCAGCAGAUAUAAGAUCCCUUUCCCAUUUACCUCGCAAAAUUAAGCCUUCGUUCAGAUGAGGUGCAUAUCUUCAGUGGAGGAGUGACAGUGAUGGCUUAGCGUUGGCCUUGGCCUUCUUCUCACGCUGCAGGCACGCUGCCCUUAGAAUGAAGUUGGGGUUUAAGGGCAGGCUCACCUCAGUUAUUUCCAUGGGGGUUUUGAAAACUGAGUGGGGCAGUGACUCCCUCACUCAUAGUCUACACCUCACUGUUCCCUGAACUUCAGAGUGGAAGCUGUCAAGAGCACCUUACUCCUCUACAAGAACAUUGGAAGAACGCAGUCAUCUUUUUUUUUUCUUUUCUAAUUCAGGUGUUAUAGGUUUCACUGUGAAUAAGGCCUGGAACACACUAUUUAUGACAUCCUUUGAGGCUGCUUCAGUGCCUUGACUUCAAUCCCAGUUUUCUUUUGCAGUAUCCUUGUUGUCUUAGCAACACAGAACUAUUCUGAAGCACCGGGUACCACGGAACCAGGAAUCAGAGAAAAACCAUCUUGGCAUCACACAGAGGGCAAUGAUGUCUGUGUUAUGUUCAUCCAAGUAUCCACACUUAACUGACUAUAGAGAACACACAACCCUUAAGCGCCCAUGGACAUAUGUCUCUGCUGGAAUAAAAGCAAG